CUCAGACCAAAACUCACCAAAAAAUGCAGCAAAAGGUUCACAAGAACAUGAAUUCUUGGGAAGAAUUUGAUGGCGACGAUGAAGACAACAACGACGUUUUCUACGCCGAAAUUAGAAGGCAAGUAAUGCAAUUGACAGCAGAAGAUGAAGAUGAAGAAAAUCAGAACACAAAUAAAGAGAGAGGCUCAAAACAAAAAGGGUUCGCAGUAUUGCAGCCUGGAUUUCAGUUUAACUGGACAGGAGUGAAGGAUGGUAGCAGAGUGCCUCAAUGGAUGGUAGAGCUUUGGAGAAAAGAAAAUAGGGAUGGAGGAUUUAGUGGAACUGGUGUAUUCAUUCCACACAUUGUCAAGUCCAGAAGAAGACAUAAGCCAAGAAGGAAGAACAAUGAAAGAGGAAGAGUGUACAAGCCUGUCACAAAAGUAAACUGAUUCGUUACGUUUGUCUUGUUAGCUUCUGGACCAAAAUUCAUGUCCACAAAAGUAAACGAAAAAAAAAACAAGGAUGUGAAUAAUGUACCUUAUAAUAUAGGACCAAAAUUCAUGUUCACUUCAACUUGAUUUCUAGUACAAG